AUUAACUUUGCUUCAAGAAGUAACGUAAAUUAUAGUUAUCAUGAGAGUCGUAUUAUUCUUUUGGAUUUGCCUAGUGCAGUUCAAUAACAUUAUUGCAAAAGAUGAACUUCAGUUUGUUUUUGUUAUGGCAAGAGGUCCAGAUCAUCGAGCUUGCGAUUAUCCUGGUGGACCCAAGUUGACUAAUUUGCCAGAAAAAUCUAGUGAAUUAACGAACGAUGGCAAAAAAGAAGCUUUCGAGCUCGGACAACUUUUAGAUAAAGUAUAUAGAGGACAAUUAAAAAUAAAAAAAUGGGAUUCUAAUGAAAAUUACUGGCCUGUGGCAACAAAUACUAAGCGAACAAAAACUGCCACAUUAAUUAUAGGAGCUGGUCUAGAAAAUAAUCGCACAAAAGCUUUUGGCCAAUGGUCUGAGGAACAGUUAAAGUCAACACACUUUGAUGCAAUGCCAGGAUUUCUAAGAUUUUUAAAUCCUAGUGAAUGUCCCGCAUACUUUAGGGAAUUCGGGCAACAAGCUCCGAAUGUCAAAAAAAUUACAGAUAAGUAUCAAGAUACUAUCAACGCUAUUAAUUCCAAAUAUGAAUCUAUUGGAACCGCAAAACCAGAAAACGUUUGGCUUGCUUAUGAAACGUUUAAAAGAAUGAAACACCAAAAGAAGUCAGACAUGCAAUGGCUUAAUUCAACUAUAAUGGAAAAUCUUAAGCAGUUUUCGUCUCAGUAUAUACUGACAGCUGUAACAUCUACAGAAAAGCUGAGAAAAUUAGCAGGAGGAUUAAUUCUUAAGGACCUUCUCAAUGAUAUGGAUGAACUAACUAGUGGAAGAGCACAACCGCAUGCUCCAGGGAAACUAGAUAAUAAAAUGAAUAUAUUUGUGGUCCCACAGGCACUCUUAAUAGCUCAAAUGGCUGUAUUUACACCAAAAGGUACCAAAAUAAGCAAUCAAGAUGUAACGGCUUCCAAUUUUUACCCUGACGAUGGAUCUUAUGUCGUAAUUGAGUUGUACAAAAAUAAUCAAUCAUGGAAGGUUCAGAUAAAAUAUAAAAAUGACAAAAAUAGCGGCUGGAAACCACUGAAAGUGAAUGGAUGCAAUGAUAGUAAAUGUCCAUACAAUACGUUUAAAAACGCAGUUAAAAAAUAUAUUAUAGACGAAGGAAAGCAUAAACAAUUAUGUAAACAAUAAAAUGUAUUAAUUCAAGAUGCAUAGUCAGUUACUGAUAUG